AGCUGCUGAAACACGACCUCCAGCCCCGAUAAUCGCUCGGUAAGCGUCUAACAGUCUGAUUUAGUUGAGUAAAUCUUCCACUGUUGCCCGCAAUCGAGUGGUUUAAUCGCACUUGUUGACGCCGGGAGGAAAAGUUCGCCCUUAUUUACCCGAAACAGCUGGUGAAGUCCAGAGGACGAGGAAGAACAUGGCUCAGGAGACCAAGCAAAGCCAGGCGCCUCUGCUGUGUGCCACGGGCUGUGGCUUCUACGGCAACCCCCGGACCGAUGGCAUGUGCUCCGUCUGCUACAGAGACUUCUUACAGCGGCAGAACGGCAGUGGCAAAGUCAACGACCCGGUGUCAGAAUGCUUCAGCGCUUUAGGAGAGUCUCUCCUGACGCAGUCGGCCACAGUCACACCUGCGUCAACACUAGAACAAAGUAGUCAAAGCUUGAUAACACCUGCAGUAGAAACACAAGAGGAGAAGACUUCAGCAGAGGCCCAGGACGAGCUGAAAACAGAAGAAGCAGCAGCCUCUGGCUCAGACGUCUCGGUGCUGUCCUCCACCACUGAAGCGGACAAAUCCAAACCGAAAAAGAACCGCUGCUUCACCUGCCGCAAAAAAGUGGGCCUCACUGGUUUCGACUGUCGCUGUGGCAGUUUGUUCUGUGGCAUUCAUCGAUACUCCGACGCCCACAACUGCUCCUUUGACUACAAAGCUGAAGCUGCUGAGAAGAUCAGAAAAGAAAAUCCCGUCGUGGCUGGAGAAAAAAUUAAGAAGAUCUAAGUGGCCUGUGACAUGAACCCCCCACCACCCCCCACCCACUGUUUCCCUUUUUUUUUUUUCCUUCCGUCUUCACAUUGAAACUGUCAUAGACCCUUCAAUCAUGCAUGCCACGCUGAGUUGCGUCAUUGCAGAUCCAUACAUGGUUCUCUGAAAUACAUCUCCAUUCUGAAUAUCAUUUUGUGUGAAAUGUUACAGAUGUUUAGAUUUAUACAUUUUUAUUAUAGUUUCAUUUGAAUUACUCAAGGGGCUUUCCGUCUGUUGUGGUGAGACUACUCGAGGGGCUGGGCUUUUCUGGAAUCUAUAAAGUAACAUGGUAUACGGUCAUAUGCAAAUGUUUGACCAACCUUUGUCAAAUUGCAUGUUUUGUCUUAAGACACGUUUUAAGUUUUAAGUUAAGACACAUUUUAGAUUUUAGUUGGUUUUUUUUUUGGGAAACUCACAAAAAUUGCAGUAAAUGUCCUCAGAAACUAUAUAUUUAUAUUAAAUAUCCACAUUAUAUAUUACAUAUAUUUAUAUCACAUAUUUAAGUUCACUAUAGAAAUUUGUGUUCACUUAUUUAAAAAAAAAAACCUGUACUUUGAGUUGGGGUUGGGUGUUCAAUCUUUUGCAUACGACUGUACGAGUGAAGUUUUGUCUUUCGCAGUUUUGUGUUCAAAUGCUGAAUGUAAAUGGAAAAUGAGACUUUUGUUUCACAUCAGAGGCUUAAAACGUGUGAAAAGCCGUUUGUGUCCGUUAGCCUUGCUGUCUGAUUUUUUUUUAUUAUGUUAUGAAAAGGGUUUAUAAUCAAUAAUUCAGGAAAGUAUGUGCAGAUGUGAAUGUAUGAGAUUGUGUUUCUGAUCUCUCUCUCUGGAGAUUGUUGACUAAUAUAAUUGCGUUUCAUUA